UAAUAUUAACCUCAGAAUUUUCUAAACAAUGACAUCAAAUCACGGCACCUGAAUAUCGUAUGAGCCAAUUAUUAAAGAUGCGAUUACCUGAUCAGCUCAGACGUUGACAAAUUUGAAGCCAUCAGUGCCCACCAAUCAUAUAAAAUGAAUAAUCUAUUCACUAUUUCUACAGCAUGCUGCCUUUUGGAGCUGCUAAUUCCUGUCGUUACCAAAUUCCUCACCAAUCAAAUAGGCAAAGAAAAUAAAAUGGAUCAACUCCUGCGCAAGGAUCUGAUAGCUAUCAAGCAUCAGAUGGGAGAAAUUUCGAUGGUCGAUGAAUUUGCUAAAUAUGCAAAACUACAGCGACAGUACAAUAAAUUAGAGGCUCAAUUGUCCACUAGAGUUAACAAACUAAUGAUGUCCAAGAUGAAGUUGAGGCUCACAUUCAGUUACACAUUAAAAUUCCUCAACGGUAUUGUCAUCGCAACUUUGUUAUACUUGUAUCGUUACGAACCUGUUGCUAUUCUACCCAAAGAUGCGCUAUGGCCGAUCCAGGGAAUCCUCAGCUGGCCAUGCCACCUUGAAAAUUCCGUUUCGCUUACCAUGUGGUUUUUAAUAUCCAGGCUAGCGAUUUCAAGUACAAAAUAAUUCUGUAACAAAGUAUAUCAAAUUAAAUUUAAUAUCGGGUCAAGUCAAUUUCAUAGCAAAAAGAUGCUGUAUUUUCGUGAAAGCAUGAGCAGAAUACAUAAUUUUCCUUUUUUAUUUGAAAAAGUUGUUUUUCAUUAAACAAUAAUAGUGAUGAUAAUCAUGACGGUAGUAGUAAUAAUAAUAAUAAUAAUAAUAAUAAUAAGUGAUAACAAAUAUUGUGUUUUUUUGAAUAAACUGUAAGUAUAUGAUUGUGUUUUUUUUAAAAGAAGAUUUGAAAUGUUGUUAAUUUCAAAUGAAUAUUCUAUGCAAAAACUAACUUGUAUUAGUAUUGUAUUCGUGUACUAUGUUAUAACUAUUUAAUCCAAACACAAUAAGAACAACCUCGAAAAAAACAAUCGUCAAAGACAAACAAGUUCUUCAAAAACUUGCUACAAAUCUUCGGUUAAAGUCUGUAUACAGUUUUUUUUUGUUUUUCAGUAUACUUAUGUAUCUUUAUAAAUUCCUUUUUUUGUUUUCAAAUAUAUUAGUCUUAACGCGUGUAAAUAACCGUAUAAGAAUUGACGAACUAAUAUUACAUUUCAUGAUAUACGCAACAAAACUUGUACGGAAAAUGAUGCCUAUAGUAGUAAUAGUAAUAACAAUAAUAAUAAUAAUAGUAACAAUCACGUUUCUAAUUUAGAAAAAAGAAUUAAAUUAGCAAAUAAAAUAUUGAGUCUUGUCAAAUAUAACUUAGAUUUAAAUUUACCAACAAUGUAGGUAGAGAGGAGCGUAGAAGAAAAAUACUAUCCAACAAUCUGGUUUGUUAUAACAAGCACCAAAUUAAUAAUGUCAGUAAAUAAAAAAAUUUAUAUUACAGACCCAAA